GAGAGAGGCUGGGCCACAGGCUCCUCCCUGAUUCCUCCUCCCGCAGCACUGGGGUCGGGCUCUUAAGGCUGCGCGCUCAGCCCACCUAGGAGCUGCCCUGCCGCUGGGUGACCAAGGUGACUGUCAGCGACUGGCCAGAGGUCAGCGGUGCUGGCGGCGAGAAGCACUUGUAUAUCGCUCGCGUGGGUGGUACCAGUGCGUCCAGACACGGGAGUACUCCGGGGUAGCUCAGUACAGAGACAAGAACAUUAAACUGAAACUACUGCUUGGGUCCCAAGAUGGCACCACCCAUACUGCCUGUGCUUUUCUGUCUUGUGUGCUGCCUCCCACUCGUUCGUCCUUUUCACUGGCAAGACCCAUCACCUUUUGACUUUAUUAAAUCAUCUGCGUGGCUUCAUAAAGUAAAAGUGGCGAUAACUACUGCCCGCUCUGGCCAUAGUAAAAUCCCCCAAGGAAAUGGGUCUUAUUCUGUUGGUUGUACGGACUUGAUGUUCAACUAUGGUAACAAGAGCACCUUCAUGCGUCUGUACUAUCCAACCCAAGAUCCAGAUCGCUUUGACACCAUUUGGAUCCCAAACAAAGAAUACUUUUUUGGUCUCAGUAAAUUUCUUGGAACACCCAGGCUUAUAGGCAAUGUUUUGAACUUCUUAUAUGGUUCGAUAAAAACUCCCGCGAACUGGAAUUCUCCUUUGAAGACUGGUGAAAAAUAUCCACUAAUUGUUUUCUCUCAUGGUCUUGGAGCAUUCAGGACAAUUUAUUCUGCUAUUGGCAUUGACCUGGCAUCACAUGGGUUUAUAGUUGCUGCUGUGGAGCACAGAGAUGGAUCUGCAUCUGCGACUUACUAUUUUGAGGACCAGGCUGCUGCAGAAAUCAAAGAUAGGUCUUGGUUUUAUCUCAAAACAGUAAAACAAGAGGAGGCAGAAAAAGUACGGAAAGAGCAGGUCCAGCAAAGAGCAAAGGAGUGUUCCCAGGCUCUCACUGCGAUUCUUGACAUUGAACAUGGAAGGCCAAAGGAGAAUGUAUUAGGUUCAGAGUUUGAUGUGGAACAGCUGAAGGGUUCCAUCGAUAUGAAUAGAAUAGCAGUGAUUGGACAUUCUUUUGGUGGAGCCACUGUUAUUCACGCCCUUGGUGAAGACCGAAGAUUCAAGUGUGGUAUUGCUCUUGAUGCGUGGAUGUUUCCAGUGAGUGAUGAUCUGUAUUCCAAGAUCCCACAGCCCCUCUUCUUUAUCAACUCUGCAAAAUUCCAGUCUCCUAGUGCUAUAAUAAAAAUGAAAAAAUUCUACCAACCUGAUAAGGAGAGAAAAAUGAUUACAAUCAGGGGUUCAGUCCACCAGAAUUUUGCUGACUUUACAUUUGUGACUGGCAAAAUAAUUGGAACCAAGCUUACAUUAAAAGGAGAAAUAGACUCAGGAGUAGCCAUCGGGCUCACCAACAAGGCAUCCUUGGCUUUCUUACAAAAGCACUUAGGACUUCAUAAAGACUUUGAUCAGUGGGACUCCCUGGUGGAAGGAGAUAACGAGAAUUUGAUCCCAGGGUCACCCUCUGACUCUGUCACCCAAUCUCCAGCUCCACAAAGCUCUACAGGAUCUCACACACAGAACUAGAAGAGCUUUUACAAAUUCUUUUAAGAUUUUCUGAGAGAGAGGGAGAGAGAGAGAGAGAGAGAGAGAGAGAGAGAGAAUGAGAAAGAUUGAGAGAGAUGUCAAUGUAUUUCCUCAAAUAACUAUUUUUAAAUGUGGGUUGAUAGAAUAGUGAUGUAAGGCCUUGAAUAAGAUUUUUUUCCCUGUAACUAUAAAGCAAAAUCGAGUACACAAAAAUCUUUACCAGACUAAAUUAUAUUUUCACUAAGCAGCUCCUUUUAGUGUCAAAAUUAAAAACUGCUUUUGUAUUAUCUUAAGGAAAAGUAUAUUAAGACAGGCAUGAUGCCGUUGAAAACCUGUAGCAAUGAUAUAACUUGCCUAAAUGUACACUAAUUAACAGAUUAUCUUUUAUUCUUAGUAGUAGAGUUGAAUUUUCGUGAUGUGAUAGUCUGUAUAGAAUUUGGUAGCAUUUCUCUUUGACUUUCAGCGAUGGUAAGAAAAAUGACAUGAAACUGAUAAUAAAGCCAUUGUUUUGAAGCAG